AGCUACGACUACACACGCGCGCGUUCACACACACACACACACACACAGCGCGCGCACGCAGAGGGUGUAAAGGAGCGACUGCGCGAGACUUCGCCAUGCGCACAGGAGCAGGAGAAUGUUAGAUUCCAGAGUCUUACAGCAGCAGAGGGUUUAGGAGAACCAGGAAACAAGUCUGGUCCGCUCUUCCGCUUACAGCACACACACACACACCCACACCAUGGAGAAACCGUCUCACACUAACGGAGCGCGCGCCUCAGCGGUCACAGGAAACUCAAGCCCGAACAAGAUUCACAGCCGCGCGGACCGGACACGGAGGACCACCGGAAGAGAAGGAGGAGAAAGAAGAAGAGGAGAAGGAGGAGGGAUCGGAAGGAGACCUCAGAUGGAAGGAGUACUGAGCAAAUACACCAACCUGCUCCAGGGCUGGCAGAACAGGUACUUUGUUCUGGAUGAAGAACUUCACCAGCUGCAGUACUUUGUGAAUGAACAGGGGCGGAGUCAGAAACCCAGAGGGAUCCUCUCUCUGAUUGGUGCAGUGGUUACCACGAGCGAUGAAGCACCUCACAUGUUUGUGGUCAACUCAACCAAUGGGGAGCUCUUCAAACUCAGAGCGGUGGACAGUAGAGAGCAGCAGUUGUGGAUGUCCCACAUUCAGUCCUGCACCACAGACAGCAGUGUGAGGACGCUGAAGGACUCUGAGGAGCAACUGUGUGUGGACAGGACAGUCAGUGGCUUAGAUCCACAGGUGAUCUGCCAGGCUGAAUGUCAGCAGAAAUCCCUGGUUCACUCCAUCGAGCUCCUCCCCCGCCGAGGGGGCGUGUCCUGUCUGGACCAGGACCUCCUGCUCCUGAAGGCCACAUCCGCCGCCACGUUGCGCUGCCUCGUCCAGUGCCUCGGUAUGCUACAGCAACAUAGACACGCCCACAGCCUGGCAGACCCCACCCAGGUCCAAGCCUCGCCCUCUGAGGGAGGAGACGUGGACGAGGCAAAGACUGUGAGCUGUGAGGAUGUUCUGCUCAACCAAGAACAAACGAACACGUGCUGAGCUAAACCUCUGUCUGUGAUGGAAAGGGCUAAAACUCCCCUGGCGUUUACUGUGUGUGUGUGUGUGUGUGUGUGUGUGUGUGUGUGUGUGUGUGUGUGUUACACUAGAGCACUUUUCUUACUAUGCUGGAUUAACCAAAGCAUGCCACACAGUGCCUGAUCCUUCAUCAUCAACCACCACCAAACAUCUCUAAUAAAUUCUUUGAGAACAGA